CGUCAGCGCCAGACCCGGCGGAGCGCCGGACCCCUCCCCACUUCCCUCUCGCAGCCCCUCUCCGCCAGUAGCAGCGCUGCUGUCUUCCCACAGGAGGACUGGGAGGACGCCAGAGUCCGCAGCGCCCCCGCCCCCUCUCUUUUUCUUUCUUUCUUAGCUUUGGGAUCUUGCUGCCGGAGCCUGGAGAGGUUCUGAGAAAAGAAGAGCGAGGGGCUGAAUGAAGUGCAGGCUUCAGCGGCAGCGCGCGAACGGAGCUGGGGUACUGCAUCCCCGGCGUCCCCUCCCGGUUCUUGCCGCCCUGGCUGGGAUGUGACGAAGGGAAGCCCUCAGCGCCUGCCUCCAUCCCUCGAAGGUGCCCCAGAGAGCGCACUGGGUGGUGGUGGUGGUGGGGAAUCCUCGGUUGGAGUCCCUUUGCCCGCAGCGCCGCGGGGCAGGAACGGUGAGGCGCCCCGGGGUCCGGCUCCCAGCUCCCACUCUUUAGAAAGAGCGCGGCAGGGAUCACCGCCUUCCCGGCGCUCCGCAUAACUCCGGGGCCAGCAGCGCGCGCCUGGACCAGUCCCGCUUCCAGCCGAUUCACCCGGAAUAGGGGGCAGCGCCUGCCCACCCGCCUGCACUCCCCGUAGCCCUAGCUCCUUGGCACCUGUGCCGAUCCCCCACCCCAGGGCACUGAGCCCCGCGGCUCCCGGUACCCGCAGCGCCCCCAGACUCUAUGAAAAGCGCGCCGGCCGCGGCUUCCUGAGUGCCGGAGCUGCCGUCGUCCAAACUGCGCCCUGGGGUCCCUCGACUGGCCCCUCUUAGGGGCAUCCGAGAGGCCGAGGAAGAGCACACCAUGAAGUCCGUGCUGUUCAGCCGCUUCUUCAUCCUCCUGCCCUGGAUUCUAAUCGUUAUCAUCAUGCUCGACGUGGACACGCGCAGGCCGGCGCCCCCUCUCACCCCGCGCCCCUACUUCUCUCCCUAUGCGGUGGGCCGCAGUGGCACCCGACACCCGCUCCGCAGGGGUGGCCCCGACAGCGGCCCCGGGCGCGGAUUAAAGAAGCGCAACGAGUCGCGGCCGCGGUCGCAGCCGCAGCCGCAGCCGGAGCCGGAGUCGCCUCUGCCCACCAUCUAUGCCAUCACACCUACCUACAGCCGCCCGGUGCAGAAAGCCGAGCUGACCCGCCUGGCCAACACCUUCCGCCAGGUGGCGCAGCUGCACUGGAUCCUGGUGGAGGACGCGGCGGCGCGCAGCGAGCUGGUGAGCCGCUUUCUGGCUCGGGCUGGCCUGCCCAGCACGCACCUGCACGUGCCCACGCCGCGGCGCUACAAGAGGCCGGGGCUGCCGCGCGCCACCGAGCAGCGCAACGCCGGCCUCGCCUGGCUGCGCCAGAGGCACCAGCACCAGCGAGCGCAGCCUGGCGUGCUCUUCUUCGCGGACGAUGACAACACCUACAGUCUGGAGCUCUUCCAGGAGAUGCGAACCACACGCAAGGUCUCGGUCUGGCCUGUGGGCCUGGUUGGCGGGCGACGCUAUGAACGUCCGUUGGUGGAAAACGGCAAAGUCGUUGGUUGGUACACCGGCUGGAGAGCAGACAGGCCUUUUGCCAUCGACAUGGCAGGAUUUGCUGUAAGCCUUCAAGUCAUCUUGUCCAAUCCAACAGCUGUAUUUAAGCGCCGCGGAUCCCAGCCAGGGAUGCAAGAAUCUGACUUUCUAAAACAGAUAACGACAGUUGAAGAACUGGAACCCAAAGCAAAUAACUGCACCAAGGUUCUUGUGUGGCACACCCGGACAGAGAAGGUGAAUCUAACCAACGAGCCAAAGUACCACCUGGACACGGUGAAGAUCGAGGUGUAAACUGGAGCAGCAACUGGCGGACGGCUGGCCAGGUACUGUUCAUUUUACUCCGGUGCAACAGCCUUUAGUGACAUCUGAGGGGCAUCUGUUUCAACAGAGCUUGUCACUUAACAUAAGCUAAUUCGAUGAUAUAAAAUGUAUGUUUUUGUCUUCAUUUGUUUUGCAUGUUUUCUCUACAACUGGAAGAUCUUUGUACAAUACAGACACUGCAGGGUGCCACUCUGAGUAUCUUAUGUACUUUUCUCUUUUCUUCCCAUUUGGCCUUGUCAUUAGUAGAUGUAAACAGGUUUUAGAAACAGAUGACAGGUAUUUUUAUUAACUAAAUGUCCCCAAUUCCUCCCUUUUCAACGUUAAGUAAUUUAUGUAAGGUGGUGUCAGUAUACAUUGUAGGAAAUAAAACCCACAAAAAAAAGGUCUAUGGAUUCAUCUGUUUAAUAUAGGGAGAGAACAUUUUGUCAAUACUAGGCACCAUAAAAUGUAAACACAAUUACUGUCAUAAACCUGGAUAUACCUUCAUGGAUUCAAAGUGGCUUUGUUUAGUUACCCUGUUUGCAUAUAGUGCAGAGAAAGGUCUUCACGUUAGCACUGCGUACAGAAGAAGAGAUCCGAAUUACAA